UCUCGCUCUCUCGCUCUCUCACUCUAAUGUGUGAUCUGGAAAGCUUAUAAAAGCCUGAUGUAAUCCUUAAUGCAGCCCCUGGCUACAAAGACUGGAUCUAGUUUCACAGAGAGAGAUUCAGAAGCAGAAUUUAAAAAAAGAAAAAGAAAAAAAAAAAAAAAAGAAAAGUGGGGGGAGAAGAGAGAGAAAGAAGGAAAAGCAGACGAGUGGAUUUUAAACAAACAUAUCUUUCUGAAGAAGACCAUUCUCGCUCCUCGCUGCUGGGAAAGCUACUCUGAACCCUGCUGUAUAUUUUUAUUUUUUUUUCCAAAGGAGAAGACUUGAUUGUCUGCUUGGAUCUAAUGAUUUACUGGCUUUUAACUGCGUUUUCCCUCUCUCCUAAGGAUUCCUCAAAAAACGGCUUAAUUAUUUUCGGCUUUUCUCUUCUACCUGCCUGUCUGCAGAGACACCAAAGGUUCUCCCUUCCUUUCCCUCCCCACCCCCAUUUCUUUUAGGAUUUUUUCCCCUUUUCCCUUUAAUAGAUACAUAUAUAUAUAUAUAUAUAAAUGUGUAUGUAUAUAUAUAUGUAGAGGCGAGAGUGGAGGAAGCGGAGGGAGGGAGAGCUCUGCCAUCCUUUGGACUUCACGCGCUGCCCAAUGUUGGGCUGGUUACCCCUGGAUAUGUUGCUGGUUUCCAUUUGGAAUUUGACAAAGGGAAGAAGGAGGAUAUAAAACCUGGGGAGCUCGGCAAGGUGUUCUUUAUGGCCACAGGAGGGAGCUCAAAUCCAGAUAUGGGAGGAUUGGCUUGAUUUCGGAUCCAGAGCCUCUUAAACUCGCGCUUUUCCUAUAAGCUGGUCCCUGUUAUGUCCAGGAUCUGGCGCCUGCUUGACAUUUACUUUGAGUUCCAGAGGACCAGAGACCUAGGAUGAGGAGCAUUGGAUCUGCCCUGAACCUGCUUUUGGUAUCUCCACUCUACUUUGUGUGGACCGUGGUCGCUCUGGACCUGGCACAAACUCCCUGCACCACUUUGGUCCAAGGGAAAUUCUUUGGGUAUUUCUCCUCCUUCGCCGUCUUCCCGUUGAACUCCUCCCUCUGCUCUUGGAUUAUCCAGAACCCCGACCCCCGCAGGUACACUUUGUACAUGAAGAUCCUCAAGCCCGCCGGUGUAUGUGACCACCAGCACAUCCGCACCUACCAGUUCGACUCCUUCCUGGAGUCCACCCGCACCUACCUGGGCAUGGAGAGCUUCGACGAUGUGUUGAAGCUCUGUGAUGGCUCCACACGCUUUGCCUUCCUCCAGUCCAACAAGCAGUUCCUGCAGAUGAAGCAGACGGCCCCUCCGGGGGUGGACACCUGGCCCAUGAGGUGGAAGCCCACCAAAGCUCAGGAGAGGGACUUCUCGGUGGAAUACCUGGUGGUGGGCAACAGGAACCCCAGCAAAGCCGCCUGCCAGAUGCUCUGCAAGUGGCUGGACGCCUGCCUGGCCAUCAGCAGCAGCUCCCACCCCUGCGGCAUCAUGCAGACCCCGUGCUCCUGCUCGGGAGGGGAGGUCCUGGAUCAGGCCAGCGAGGUCCUGGGGUUCACCAGGAAGAAGGAGGAUUGCUAUAAGGAUGGGAUUUACUUGGAGAAUUGCGUGAGCAGCCCUAAGGACACCAACGGAGCGGAGUUCCUGGGUGGUUGGAACUCGUGGUCGGCUUGGGGCGACUGCACCAAGGACUGCGGGGGAGGCCUCCAGACCCGCAUGCGCUCCUGCAAACCCCUUCCCAAGGAGGGCCUCGGCUGCGAGGGAGUCCUGGAGGAGGGUCGGCUGUGCAAUAGGAAGGCGUGCAAUACCAAUGGACGCUAUAAUUCCAGAAGCCAAUCGCUGAGGUCCACAGAUAACAGAAAGCGAGAGGACCCUGACGAACUGCAGCACUACGGGUACCCUGCACCUCAAAUAGGUGACCCUGCAGCAGAGGAGUGGUCCCCCUGGAGCGUGUGCUCGACCACCUGCGGGGAGGGCUGGCAGACCAGGACCAGGUUCUGCGUGUCGUCUUCCUACAGCACCCAGUGCAGUGGCCCCCUCCGGGAGCAGAGACAGUGCAACAACUCUGCCGUGUGCCCAGUUCAUGGCACCUGGGACGAGUGGUCUCCGUGGAGCUUGUGCUCCUCCACGUGUGGGAGAGGCUACAGGGACCGAACCCGAACCUGCAAACCCCCCCAGUUCGGGGGCAACCCCUGCGAGGGCCCCGAGAAGCAAACCAAGUUCUGCAACAUCGCGCUUUGCCCAGGCCACUCAGUGGACGGCAACUGGAACGAGUGGUCGAGCUGGAGCUCCUGCUCCGCCUCCUGCUCCAACGGGACCCAGCAGAGGACCAGGGAGUGCAACGGACCCUCCUACGGCGGAGCCGAGUGCCAGGGACACUGGGUGGAGACCAGGGACUGCUUCCUGCGCCAGUGCCCAGUGGAUGGGAAGUGGCAGGCCUGGGGAGUGUGGGGCAGCUGCACCGCCACGUGUGGGGGUGGAACCCAGAGACGUGACCGUGUGUGCUACGGACCCUUCUUCGGUGGAGAGACUUGCCAGGGUCCCAAGGAGGAGUAUAAGCAGUGCAAUGACAGAAAGUGUCCUGAGCCCCAUGAAAUCUGUGAUGAGGAAAGUCUUGGCUCUGUGGUUUGGAAGGAGACUCCAGCAGGGGAUGCUGCCGCUGUCCGAUGUCCCCGCAAUGCCACUGGGCUGAUCCUUCGAAGAUGCAUUUUAGAUGAGGAAGGCAUCGCUUACUGGGAGCCCCCAACAUACAUCAAGUGUGUUUCUAUAGAUUACAGGAACAUACAGAUGAUGACCAGGGAACAUCUUUCCAAGGCUCAGCGUGGGUUGAUGGGAGAUGGGCUGUCAGAUGUGCUCCAGAACCUGGUGGAAAUCUCCCAGGAUGGGACCAGCUACAGCGGGGACUUGCUGUCCACCAUGGACGUACUCAGGAACAUGACAGAGAUCUUCCGUAGGGCUUAUCACAGCCCCACCUCUGGAGAUGUCCAGAAUUUUGUCCAGAUCCUCAGCAAUCUUUUAUCGGAGGAAAACCGGGAGAAAUGGGAGGAAGCUCAGCUGAUAGGGCCAAAUGCCAAGGAACUGUUCAGGCUUGUGGAGGAUUUCAUUGAUGUCAUCGGCUUCCGCAUGAAGGAUUUCCGGGAUUCCUACCAAGUGACAGACAAUCUGGUCCUCGGCAUUCACAAACUGCCUGCGAAUGCAGCGACCGACAUCACCUUCCCCAUGAAAGGCUGGAGGGGCAUGGUGGACUGGGCCAAGAACUCAGAGGACAAGGUCACUGUCUCCAAGAGCAUCCUGUCUUCAGGGCUCUCAGUGUCGGACGACUCCUCCGUCUUCGUGGUGGGGACUGUGCUGUACCGGAACGUGGGCAACAUCCUCUCCCUCCAGAGGAACAGCACUGUUCUGAACUCCAAAGUCAUCUCGGUGACUGUGAAGCCAUUUCCUCGCUCCCUCCUCACCCCUUUGGAAAUUGAAUUCUCCCACCUGUACAACGGAACCACCAACCAGACCUGCAUCCUCUGGGAUGAAAAUGAUGGCAGAGCCUCCGCCUCCGCCUCCCCGCCCGGCGCCUGGUCCUGGCGCGGCUGCCGAACGGUCCCGCUCGACGCCUCCCGGACCAAGUGUCUGUGUGACCGGCUCUCCGCCUUCGCCAUCUUAGCCCAGCUCAGCCCCGACAUGAACAUGGAAAAGGUGCUGGUCCCUUCUGUCACGUUAAUUGUAGGCUGUGGAGUAUCUUCGCUGACACUUUUGCUGUUGAUUAUCAUUUAUGUCUCUGUUUGGAGAACUCAGGUUUUUCCGUGCCUGGGGUAUCAUUGGAUGUGCUCAAGUCCUUGUCCUCUCCUGCUUUUCCUCAGGCUGGGCAGCACUGAGCAGCGCUGGUACAUCCGCUCCGAGCGCUCCGUCAUCCUCAUCAACUUCUGCCUCUCCAUCAUCUCCUCCAAUGCCCUCAUCCUGAUCGGACAGACCCAGACCCGGAAUAAGGUGAUCUGCACGCUGGUGGCGGCUUUCUUGCACUUCUUCUUCCUGUCCUCUUUCUGCUGGGUGCUGACCGAGGCCUGGCAGUCCUACAUGGCCGUGACGGGCCGGUUACGGAACCGCAUCAUCCGCAAGCGCUUCUUGUGCCUCGGAUGGGGGCUCCCUGCCUUGGUGGUUGCCAUUUCCGUGGGAUUUACUAAAGCCAAGGGAUAUGGAACCGUCAACUACUGCUGGCUGUCGUUGGAGGGAGGGCUUCUCUAUGCCUUCGUGGGACCGGCGGCUGCUGUCGUUUUGGUGAACAUGGUUAUUGGCAUUCUGGUUUUUAACAAACUUGUAUCCAAAGAUGGAAUAACAGAUAAGAAACUGAAGGAACGGGCAGGUCAGAUGGCAGUGCCCCUUUACGGGAUGACGCUCAAAUGUUCCAAGUGUGGAGUAGUUUCUUCUGCUGAAGUUUCGGCCACAGCCACCAGUAACGCCAUGGCAUCCCUUUGGAGCUCCUGCGUGGUCCUGCCUCUCCUGGCCCUCACCUGGAUGUCUGCAGUCCUGGCAAUCACAGACAGACGCUCAGCCCUCUUCCAGAUCCUCUUUGCUGUCUUUGACUCCUUGGAGGGCUUUGUCAUCGUUAUGGUCCAUUGCAUCCUGCGGCGGGAGGUCCAGGAUGCUGUGAAGUGCCGAGUUGUGGAUCGUCAGGAAGAGGGAAAUGGAGACUCAGGGGGGUCGUUUCAGAACGGACACGCUCAGCUCAUGACCGAUUUUGAGAAGGAUGUGGACAUGGCUUGUAGAUCAGGUGAGCACAUCACAGUGCUGAAUAAAGACAUCACCACCUGCAGAACCUCAACCAUCACGGGAACCCUGAAGCGCCCAUCGCUGCCGGAUGAGGAGAAACUGAAACUCAACCACCCAAAAGUGUCAUCGAACUUCAACAGUCUUCCAGCCAACGUCUCAAAGAUGCACCUCCAGGGCUCACCACACUACCUGGGGGCCAUCAACCUGAACGAGUUCAGCAACCACUCCCUCACCCUGAAGAAGGACAAGAAUCAGCCACCCAAAUCCAUCUACAUCUGCGACGGGGACAUCUUCAAGAAGUUGGACUCGGAGCUCUCGCGGGCGCAGGAGCAAACCCUGGACACCAGCUACGUCAUCCUGCCCACCAACACGUCCACCCUGAGGGCCAAACCGCCCAAGGACGAGAGCAAAUACAGCAUCAACAUCGACCAGAUGCCUCAGACACGGCUCAUCCACCUCAGCAUGGCCACUGACCCGGGCUUUGUGGUCAAGAGUCCUCCCCGGGAGCCUGUGGCCAUGGCGUGCAGCGAAGUCCAGGGUUCCUCCAUGAUCCAGCAGCAGCAGCAGCUGGCUCCACAGAAUAUCUCCAACGAGUCACAGAUGCCCAACAGCCUGUGUGACACGGGUGACUCAGGGAACUCGGGUGUGGUGUCCAAGAGCGAGACCGUGUCCACCCUCUCCAUGAGCUCCUUGGAGCGGAGGAAAUCCCGGUAUGCAGAGCUAGAUUUUGAGAAAAUCAUGCACACGAGGAAACGUCACCAAGACAUGUUCCAAGACCUGAACAGAAAACUCCAGCACGCAGAGAAGGACAAGGAGUCUCCAACAACGGACAGCAAGCAAGAAAAACAGCAGACACCAAACAAGAGACCCUGGGAAGGCAUCAGGAAAGUCCAGUCCCCACCAUCAUGGGUUAAAAAGGACAUGGAACCCGUGGCACAGUCUCCCCUAGAACUAAAAACUGUAGAGUGGGAGAAAACAGGGGCCACCAUCCCCUUGGUGGGACAAGACAUUAUUGACCUUCAGACAGAGGUCUGAGCAGAAAGGGAAGAAAAAGGACUUUUUUUUUUUCCGGAAAACAAACGAAACAAACAAAAAAAAAGAAAAAACAAACAAACAAACAAACAAACCACGUUUUAAAGAAAUGAUUAAAUUAAAUCGGAACCGAGCAAGAGAAGUGUUUGGUUUCUUUUGAAACCUUUGGUAAGAUGGAGUAACUUUUGUAUUGUUUCUCAGCAGAGAGGGGGAAAUAUUACUUUAUAGAGUAUAGUAGCUGUAGGUUCAGGACAACACGAGCUUUCCCAGGUAGGACUGGAGAAGAAGAGCCUGGAGGAGAGCGAGGAGGAGGAAGAGGGUGGGGAGGGGCUGCAGGGGAUGAACCCUGCUGAGAUGCUCGCGGGUUCUGCACACCAGGAGCCUUCCUGCUCUGCCACGGGGAGGUGUGGAAGGACCAGCGGCCCAGCAGCCACCACGGAGGGCCAAGAAGGUCGGGGUUGUUUGGGGACCACGAGAGCGGGAGCCUCGCGGGGACGUGGCCUGGCCGGGGAAGACCCGGCCCUGAGGGGUCCAUCCUCGUCCCCCACCUCUCCCUCAGCAGCUCAUCAGAGAAGGAAGGAGAUGGGAUGCUCCAAGAAGAUGUUCCCACUCGUGUGCCACGCCAUGACCUGGAAUUGUGGCACGUCCACGGCGAGUCCUCAUGGAGCCUGGAGGGGGAAUUGGUGGCAUCAAGAGGUGAGGUGAGGUGGGGCUUCCUCCUCUCAUCCCUCCACAGCGGAGCUCCUUGGAGUUGUGUCCCUCAGGAAUGGGACAGGCACAGGAGCACAGGACCAGUUCCAAAUCCUCGCCCCACCUCCAGGGAGAGGGUGGAAGGUGUUGGAAAACAGACCAACCAGAGGAAUGUAGGUCGUUUCAUUGACUGUUAAAUAGAUAAACUCAGCACCGGGGCCUUGCAAAGGUCCUUUGGCCUCAUCCUUUUUUUUUUUUUUUUUUUUUUUGUUUGCUUUUCUGUUAUUUUUCCUUGCUUUGGGACUUCAGAUUUAUUCCAAGCUGCCCCUCCCUCCCUGGAAGGCAGAGAGAGAAUGAGGGAAAGACAGACCUGCCAGUGUACCUGGAGAUAUUGGAAUACAGAGACGUUGCCUUAGGACAUUGAGACAAACUGACAACACGAAUAACGUCCACUUGGAAACAAAAAAAAACAAACAAAAUAAUCUAUUUUUUUCCUUCUUCUUUUCUUUUCUUCAAUAAAAAGAGAACUUGAAACCCGA